AUGCCUACCGUCCCCUCCCAUUCUCCCGCAACCGGUAGUGCAACCUCGUCAUCCUAUAUUCAUACGACCGACUGCAAUUUUGUCGACAACGCUGGUCGAACCCUGCUUCUUCGUGGAGUGAACUUGUCUGGCUCCUCUAAAGCGCCUGUAGACCGCCCAUCAUAUAUUCGAGAAGACUUUUGGGAAACAGCAGAAGCCGGAGGAGAGUCAUUCAUUGGGAGGCCACUCAACAUCGACGAUGGUUCAGCAGACGUUCACCUAGCACGUCUCAGUGGGUGGGGCUUUAACAUGCUUCGCUUUCCUGUCACCUGGGAAUCGUUGGAGCACGAAGGCCCGGGAAAAUUCGACUAUGACUUCAUGGACUACACUGUUCGUGUGUUACGAAAGUGCAAAGAAUAUGGCUUCCGCGUGUAUAUGGACCCCCACCAAGACAUUUGGUCGCGUUUCUCUGGCGGUUCGGGAGCCCCGUUUUGGACCCUAGCUGCUUGUGGUAUCAACCCCCGGAAUUUCACCGCAACCCAAGCCGCCAUCCUCCACUGUGAAUACCCGCUUGCCCAUGACCCCGACCCCGCCUCCCUUCCCGCCAUGAUAUGGUCAACAAACUACGGGCGCCUUCUCUCCCAAACUCUCUUCACACUAUUCUUUGCCGGUCAGGAAUUUGCACCAAGAUGUGUGAUCGACGGCAUGAACAUCCAGGACUAUCUCCAGUCACAUUUCAUCGAGGCCAUGGGCCAAAUGGCCGACCGCAUUCGGGCUGCAGGAGACCUUUUAGAAGACUGCGUCAUUGGGUGGGACAGCAUGAACGAGCCUUCAGAGGGUCUUUGUGGCUGGGUUGAUCUUUCAGUCAACCCCUCAGCGCAGGGUUCGACGCUUCGAAAAGGCACAUACCCAACUCCACUGCAAAGCUUCCGUCUCGGUGUCGGUCAAGCUCAAACGGUUGACAGCUACUCGUUUGGUGCCUUUGGACCCAGUCGUGAUGGAACUGUGACAGUUGACCCAAAAGGUCGCUCAAUAUGGGCUUCGCCGGACGACGAGCCUGACGGUGUCCAUCCCACGUGGGGCUGGAAGCGUGAUGUUAACUGGCCACUGGGAACUUGCAUUUGGGCUCAUCAUGGCGUAUGGGACAUCGAAACGGGUUUCUUAAUGCUUCCCAACUACUUCCAAACUCUGCCUGGAACAGACACUAUGGUAGAGUUCCUUGAAGACUUUUGGAAACCCCAUUUCAUUGCCUUUGCCCGACGAAUACGCGCCGCACACCCCGAAGCCAUACUCUUCGUCCAACCACCCGUCUUUGCGCGGCCUGUAGCUCUCGAGGAAGACAUUCUGGCCGGUCGUGGCGCUUACUCGGCCCACUAUUAUGACGGACUGACGUUGAUUUCGCGGCACUGGAACUGGUUCAACGCUGAUGCACUGGGUCUGUUACGCGGGCAUUACAAAUCAACGCUGCAAGCAGUCAAAAUCGGGACGGGAGCUAUUCGCAAAUCUCUUCAAGAGCAACUCGGUAUUCUCAAAGCGGACGCCCUCACACUGGGUGCUUUCCCAACAAUCAUUGGCGAGAUAGGAACGCCAUUCGAUAUGGAUUCGAAGCGUGCCUAUUACGGUGACUCACAUGGGCGUGGCGUUGGCGAUUACAGUCAGCAGGAAAAGGCGCUCGAUGCUAGCCUAAACGGUGCUGAUGGUCCCAACGCUGUCAAUUGGACCGUUUGGACUUACUGCCCUGACUCGUCACAUGAGUGGGGCGACGGAUGGAAUAUGGAGGAUCUCAGUUUGUGGUCGGCGGACGAUAUGCGGACGCCGCGAAGCCCGAUGUACAAGAUUGGCUCUGACGAGAGCUCUGCCACGGCUGCUUAUGGCAGCGAAGCGGUGCUCCUCAAGAAAUCAGGCGUGACCACGACGGUCAUCUCUGCGGCCAACUCAACGUUAACGCUCCCGACAGGCACCGGGCUAGAAGCGGCUGGCUGGAGAGCGAAUCCAUACGACUUUUUAACUGACGGAGCCCGUGCCGUCCGUGCAUUCUGUCGACCAUGGCCAAUAAAACUUGUCGGCACCUCACGCUCGGUCGAAUUCGACAUCGCCUCUACCCUUUUCCGGCUUGUUGUCAAUGUGCGGCCCCAAGACAGACUGCGGCCGGAGGAAGACGACGACGAGCUUGCGAGCGAGAUAUUUGUGCCUCUGGUCCAUUAUGCCAAUGCGCGGUUGCUGCGGGACAGUGACACUCGGAGCGUCGCAAGCCUCGAUGAAGAGCUCCCGACUGGCAAGACCUCGAUGAAUGCGUCCACCGUCAAUCUUCCGAUGUUGCGAGACAUGACUGCGAGCACAAGCAGUGCCAGCACUGAAGUCGCCAGUAUGGACCUGCGCGUGACUGCUGAGAAAGGCAGGGAGCUGGUGGACGUGGAUGUGUCGGUGAGUGCGGGCCGGUGGGCGAUUGAAGGCCAGACAUUGCGGUGGUGGUAUGAUGUCCCUGCCGCGGGAGAAGCUGAGCGGCAGUUCACGAUAGAGAUACGACGACGGGGCGGGGGCAUCAAGACAACGGACUUGGCGCCAGGUUGGACGGAGAGUUUGUGUCCACCAGAGAGCUGUAGCAUUAUGUAG